CGAGAGCCAUUAAUGGUUUAAAGUAACGACCCAAAAAAAAGAAGAAGAAGAAGAAGAAGAAAAACAGUCUCAGCCUAAAACGAUUUCUCGUUAUGAAAGAACAAAAAGGCUAGUCGCCUAGACGGCUGACGGCGCAACCGCAAUCUAACCAUCUAAAGACAAUGACUUUAUAGAAAGCCUUCAAUGUAUAUUUAACGAAAAGAAGAAGGAAAAUUAUAAAGGCUUUUUAAUACUAAAACCUCUCUCUUGCAUAUUUUCCUCGAUCUCUCUGAGUGUGACGACCAUCUCUUCCGGCGCCGACCAUCUCAUGUGGUACUUCCUUUCCAUGCCCAUUAACCAAUGGCAUCAAUUCAAACUCUCAGCAAAUUAGUUUAAGCUUGCUGACAGACGUACUUCUACAAUACAAUGAGUGCACCUCCGAGCAGAAAUAUUGGGCUUCCGUUGAUAAAUUUGGUCAGAUUUAAAGGACUUUCCAUUUUGAAGCAACUUCAUUUGGAAGAACAACUGCUUCGAACCACAUCAGAGAAUUGGUGCAUUGUGAACGAUGGAACUGACGAUCCUACCAUUGUCAUGGGUAUCUCUGGGUCAGCUGCAGAGCUACUCGAUGUCAAGUCAGUGCUACGAGAUGGAGUUUCUGUAAUCAGGAGGUUUACUGGAGGUGGUACUGUUAUUGUUGAUGGUGGCACAAUAUUUGUUACUUUGAUAUGCAACAAGGAGGCUGUUGCUGGCUUGCAGCCCUAUCCUCGGCCUAUUAUGUCCUGGAGUGGCGUUCUUUAUGACAAAGUGUUUCAAGGAAUUGGUGAUUUCCAUCUUCGUGAAAAUGAUUAUGUAUUUGGCACUCGCAAGUUUGGCGGGAAUGCUCAAUCUAUUACAAAAGAUCGGUGGGUCCACCACACAUCUUUUUUGUGGGACUACGAUGUUAGCAACAUGGCCUACCUCAAACACCCUAAACGGGUUCCAGAAUAUCGUCUGGCAAGAGACCAUUUGGAAUUUAUAUGCCGAAUGAAGGACUAUAUGCCAAGAUCAGUGUUUAUAGACAAAACAGUGGAGGCGCUUGAAACUGAUUUCAGUGUGAGAUCCAUAGAGCCAAAUGGUUUGUUGUCUUUAUUGAAUACAAACUUUUGUCCCUCAACUCGGCUCUUGACCAGAAAAGAGUUGGACGCUGCAGCUUUUGCUUCGCAAACUGAGAGCUCUCUCCCUCACUCUAAUGAGCUUCGUGAAUUCUAGAGUUGGUUAGUUGUCAAUCACCCCAUUGGUGCUGAAUUCAAGUGAAGCACCUUGAUUUUUAACAAUUUUUUUAUUAAAAAAUAUCGAUUGUACUUGCAAUAAUAAGUAGAUGGCUAAAGAAGAUACUAGCCCUAUUUUUUUGGUCACUAGUCAAUUUGAUCGAAAAGACUUGACAUUCAUGUUGAGUUUUAUAUUUAUCGAAUUGAAGUGAAAAGAACUUUGCUAAUUGAAUAUUUCUUGUCGUUUAUAAUGAGGAAUGCAUGGUUGAUUGUAUA